UGAAGCGGUGAUAAUAAUUUAGAGCCGGUUUUACACUACUAGUGCCCGCAAGUUGAAUUCCCAACCGUUAGACUGUUAGAGUACCGCCAAUCAUUGUGAAGAAGUACUAGACUACACAGGCCGCUCGAGUCCAGCACAUGCAGUAGUUCCAGAACGAAGCAAUUGUGAUUAUAUACAGGAACUAAACGUAAGUGCUCAUAAAGUUCAUUGUCAAUUCUAUGUCACUUCUUGCACAGGGGUUCACCCCACACUUUUCAAACGGAACAGAUGCUAUGAACUAAUAAUGAAUUAAAAUAAUUUACCCCCUAUCACACAAAUAGUUAACGUUAAGAAUAUUAUAACUGAUACACAACAUAAUAUGUCAUUCAACAGGAAAAUUAUAUUCUUCCAAAACCGAGCUGUUUGCGUUUGUAUUUCCUGCCGGUCGAAGAAUAGUAUUUCGGAAAAUAACUCCCGUUGAAACGACUUUCAACAUUAUAUAAUUUUCGUUUAUCGGACGUUUGGUGACUGAGUCGAGCGUGAUGUCUAAUCGUGGAAGUGCUAAAUCGGGCGACAAGAAGGAUAAAGGUGCGCGCAAAAAGUCAGAUGUGGGUGGUCAAAGUGCUGGUGGUAGUGAGAUUCCAGAGGUAGUAGUGGUGGAUGAAACUGUGGAGGGAUUUUCGUGCAAGACGUGCAGAGGAGCGGAUACGAAGGAGAUGGUCCAGUGUGACAAAUGCGACGGGUGGUUCCAUUUCUCCUGUGUGGGUGUAUCCGGAGACAUCGCCGACAAGAGCUGGAGUUGUACUAACUGCGUUACAGCGACAUGGGUCCAGCGAACUAAGGCGGCUUCGGAAAACGUCGCCAAGCAGGAUGACGACAAUCGGGAUCGCAGGUCAACGAGAAACCAGCCAAUCGGUAACAUCGUAACAAGCACGCGCACGAAUCUAGUGAUUCCUGCAGCAAAUGGAGUUCGAACAUCCACCUCUCUGGAUCAAAAUCCCGUUAACAGUGCGCCAACACCCGCGAUCGGUCAAACAAAGACCGAUCAGCAGAAGCAGCAGUGGGAGUUUCCUGAUGGAAACAGUCGGAAUGUGGACCUUCCGGUUGUGGACGCCGCCAAAGCAUUGUCAGAGUGCUCCAUUUCGUCAUCGGAGAAGUCGGCGGUAAAACGUGCAAAGCUAGGGCUUAUGCGACUACAGGAGGAAAGAGAAUUUCAGAAGCAGCAGGAAGAGCGGCGUAGAAUCGCCGAAGCGAAAGCAGCGGAUGAGCAUCGUAAGUUCCUGGAAGAGAAGUACCGACUGCUAGAAGAAGCGUUGAGCGAGAAGGGGUCAAGAAGAAGUGAGAAAGGAUCGAAAAGCCGCAGCGAAACGUCGAACCGAGUGGGCGAAUGGGUACAGAGAGCAUGCCAAGCACAGCAAAUUGAAUCGGAAGCGGAUGGUUGUCACAGAGAUAACCUACACCGCCCCCUUGACAACACGGAGUCAACUCACCCUAACGGGCGGUUCGAACAGCAACGCAUUCGUUUCGAAUCAGAUGCCCAAGCCGGAUUCACUAGUAAUGCGGAAAUCGGUCUGCGAUCCUCCCAAUUCCAACAAUUUCACCCGGCAACCGUAACUGCAAGGCAGCCAUCGCAAUCAAGAUUCUCCAAUCAAUUCCGUCAAGGACAGCCUUCCUAUCUAGUAGGCAAUCCAUACAGCUCAACGAUAAGGCCGCCAUUUAAUUCUACUACCUUCGAUGGACAAGUCCUAGCUCCACCGGCCUGUUCUACUGGAGUUCAUCAGCCGAACCUUCAAAGCGGCAUCCACGCCUUUCCCGGAUCGUUUCACGAGGAGUCUCGAGACGAAUUCCAGCUUUCUCGUUCCCAAGUGGCGGCCAGACAAGCCGUUCCUAGGGAUUUACCAACGUUUUCCGGGAAUCCUGAAGAGUGGCCGAUAUUCCUGUCAAUGCUCAAUCGUACGACCGUGAUGUGUGGGUUCACCGAAGAGGAGAACUUAGUUCGGCUACAGAAAAGUCUGAAAGGGAAAGCUUACGAAGCUGUAAAAAGUCGUUUAAUGUUCCCCGGGAACGUAACAGGCAUUCUGUCUACCUUGAGGAUGAUGUUCGGGCAACCCGAAGUCAUCAUUCAGUCGCUGAUAGGGAAAGUGAGCGCUCUACCGGCUAUCAGGGAAGACAAGUUGGGCACACUGGUCGAUUUCGCCGUACACGUACAAAACUUCUGUGCCACCGUAGACGCGUGUGGACUGCAGGAGUAUAUGUACAACGUCACGUUACUUCACCAGCUGGUUAGCAAGCUACCACCAUCGCUCAAACUCAACUGGGCGCAGCAUCGUUUAACGAUGCCUACAGCUAACCUGGCGACUUUCAGCAGCUGGAUCUACGCCCUAGCAGAAGCCGCCAGUGUCGUCACGUUUCCGCCGUCGAUGCAGUCUGAAAAGCUUACCCAUAGCGAAGCUCGUGGCUCCAAAAAAGGUAAUGCGUACCUCAGCGCCCAUUCCGAGACACCGUCUAUCGAGGAGAAUAAUAAAACUUUGCUGAAGGAAGAUUCGACCUCAAAACCAAAUCCGGCGAAGCAGGGUUGCCCAAUCUGUAAAGAAAACUGCAAAUCCGCCGACAAGUGUAGGCGCUUUUUGGAACUCUCCCGAGAAUCACGCUGGGCUGUUAUCAGGGAGUUCGGGUUCUGUCGUACCUGUCUUCGUACGCAUAAAGGGUACUGCAACGCCAAGCCAUGCGGAAAAAAUGGGUGCACCUACCGGCAUCAUGAGCUGCUGCACAACGAUUCAAAGGCGAAUCCUCAGAGCGACGCAGUCGUGGUCGAAAAAGGGAGUGGACCGUCCGCUCCACUCUGCCCGAGUCCAUCCGGAUGCAACACUCAUCAAUCGGCUACCAGCUCAGCACUAUUUCGCUAUCUCCCUGUCGUACUGUACGGGAAAACUAAUGUAGUUCACACGUACGCCUUCCUAGACGAGGGUUCCGAGCUUACCCUGCUCGAUCAAGACCUUGCUGAUGUGCUCCAGCUAGAUGGUGUCGAAAGACCGCUGUGUUUGCGGUGGACCGGGGGAACUGAACGCUGUGAACCGGAUUCCCGAGCCUACAAUCUUCAAAUCACUGGAGCCAAGGUGGGAAGCAAGCGGUUCGAUCUCAACGAUGUGCGAACGGUGAAGGAACUGAAGCUACCGCAACAGACGUUGGACAUGACCAAAUUCUGCGAGGAGUAUCCACACCUCCGAGAUUUGCCGAUUGAUUCCUAUCGAGAUGUGCAGCCACGUAUUCUGAUCGGAACAAAGCAUGCUCAUCUGGGCCUCGUCUUGAAAAGCAGAGAAGGAGAGUUUGGGCAGCCGAUCGCAGUGAAGUCACGGUUGGGCUGGACAAUCUGUGGAGGACAGGGCGAUGGGCACGGAGCAAAUCUACACCACUACAGCUUCCACAUCUGUCCAUGUAACACAGAAGCAGACGAGAAUCUCCACCAAGCGAUGAAAGAGUACUUCUCUCUUGAUAGCCUCGGAGUUACCAAACCGGACAAACUGCUACUAUCCGUCGAAGAUCAACGUGCACUCACGUUGCUCAAUUCGCUCACUCACCGCCGGAAUGAUCGGUAUGAGUCCGGGCUAUUGUGGCGAUAUGAUGACACCCGCCUUCCACAUAGUCAAUUCAUGGCGCAGCGGCGACUCCAAUGCUUGAACAAACGGAUGGAGAAGGAACCAGAUCUGCAGACGACUCUGCAAUCAAAAAUCGAGGAGUAUCUAGCAAAAGGCUACAUCAGGAAGCUCAGCGAGGAGGAAAUUAGCCGGAAAGUGCCUCGAUGGUAUCUACCAAUUUUCGUAACCAAUCCAAACAAACCUGGCAUGGUACGAAUAGUGUGGGACGCGGCUGCUAGCGCCCACGGCAUUUCACUUAAUUCAGCCCUCCUCAAAGGACCCGAUCUACUGUGCAAGCUUCUCACGAUCCUUCUUCAGUUCCGGGAACGUCGCAUCGGACUCACCGGCGAUAUCAGUGAAAUGUUUCACCAGGUUCAAAUCCGCGCAGAAGACCAAUUCUCUCAGUGUUUUUACUGGAAGAACGAACGUGGUGAAACGGAAGUGUACGCCAUGCAGGUAAUGACAUUCGGGGCAUGUUGCUCUCCAACUACUGCGCAGUUCGUGAAGAACACCAAUGCCGACCAAUUCGCGAAUGAGUAUCCAGAGGCGCAUCAAGCCAUCAUAAAGUCCCACUACGUUGACGAUAUGCUGGUCAGCGUAGACUCCGAAGAGCAAGCCAUCCAGUUGGCCAAGGACGUAAGAUAUGUCCAUCAGCAAGGCGGAUUUGUGAUUCGAAACUGGAUCAGUAACUCGAGGAAGGUUUUGGCAGCACUACACGAGGUGGGCAUCAGCGAGAAAUGUCUUGAUCUGUCCUCCGAACUAGCCACGGAGAAGGUUUUAGGCAUGUGGUGGAACACGACCGAUGAUGUUUUCACUUACAAAGUUGGAUGGAAUCGCUACGAUCCGGCUCUGUUAGGAGGUGAACGAAGGCCAACGAAGCGGGAAGUUCUACGUGUCUUGAUGACCAUCUUCGAUCCGCUAGGGCUGAUUUCUCAUUUUCUGUCGUAUUUAAAGAUCCUGCUGCAACAAAUAUGGCGAUCCGGUGUACAAUGGGACGAACAUAUUGACAACGACUCCUAUGAAAAAUGGCUUACCUGGUUGAAGGUGCUCCCAAGAGUUGAACGAGUGAGGAUUCCCCGGUGCUACAGUUCCCAGUACCCUACAAGGGAAGCCGACGAAGUGCAGCUACACACAAUGGUAGAUGCCAGCGAGAACGGCACGGCCGCCAUCUGCUAUCUUCGCUUCGUACGCGACGGAUACUUUUCCUGCUCCAUUGCAUUGUCGCAGCCAAAUGCCGAGUUGCUCGCUGAAAUUUACUUCGAUACCACGAUAGCUUCGAGUUCCAGCCACCGUGGUUGGUGCACGGUUAUCGCAAACGUUCUUUGCUGGAUCAACUCGGACCAUCGGCGAUACAGCCAAUACGUCGGCCACAGGAUCAGCGAAAUCCUCGAAAUAUCCGAAGCACACGAAUGGAGAUGGAUCCCUGGCAAGCAAAAUCCUGCAGAUGACGCCACCAAGUGGAGUAGUCUUCCAGAAUUGUCAUCUGAAGACAGGUGGUUCAAUGGUCCUGACUUUCUUCGAUGCCCUGAAGAUGACUGGCCGGAACCGCACAAUCACAAAGAUUCGACCGACAAUGAAUUACGUACAUCGCUUCUGGUACACCACACUCUUCCGGAGUCAGUGCUCUGCGUCAACAACUUCUCGACAUGGGAGAGACUACGCAAGGUUGUCGCAUACGUCCACAGAUUCAUCGAUAAUUGCCUCAACAAAAGCCGAGGAACACCUACAGCAACCGGUUCAUUUGAGGCGAAGCAUCUCCUCAAAGCCGAACGUACCAUUAUUCGACUCUGCCAACAAGAAUCCUAUCCCGAUGAGAUGACGACGCUGCAAAAUCCAACUAAACGACCCGAAGCCACGAUGACCGUUCCGAAAUCUAGCCCAUUGUAUCAGCUGACACCCUGGCUAGACGAUAACGAAAUCAUGCGCAUGCGAACCCGCAUUGCUGCAUGUCACUACGCCACUGAUGAUGCCAAGAACCCAGUCAUUCUUCCGCAAAAACACCACAUCACCCGCCUGAUAGUGGCACACUACCACCGCAAAUACCAUCACCACAACCACGAAACGGUAAUAAAUGAAAUCCGCCAGAAGUAUCGCAUCCCUCACUUGCGUGUUUGCUAUAAGCAGCAUUCUCACGAGCAUUUACGCACGUCGGAAUUGACUAUUUCGGCCCAAUCGAAGUCACAGUCGGCAGAAGAGUGGAAAAGCGGUGGGUAA